AUGGAUCUCUCCAUUGCGGAGAAGAAAGCCUACGACUUUCUUAUUCGUCAGGAAGAAGCCAAACGUUGGAUUGAAGAACUUAUCCAAGAAAGUCUGCCUCCAGGCACUGCUAACUUUGGUGAUAACUUGAGAGAUGGUAUUGCUUUGGCCAAGUUGGGUAAAAUCUUUGCUCCAACAGCAAUUAAGAAGAUUAACACUCCAAAGUCAGGAAGUGUUUUGGAAUUUAUGGCUGUUGAUAACAUUUCCCAAUUCUUUGAAGCAUGUAAGAAGGUUAAUUUCCCUGAUCACUAUAUUUUUGCAUGUCAACUAUUAACAAGACUUUUCCAAGAAGUCGAGUGCAACAAACUGAGUGAUGUUAUUGUAAAAUUAAGUGAAAAGUAUUAUAAGGAAAUAUCACCUGACAUUUUAAGAACAUACACUAAUUGUUUCACAUUAAGAGAAGGAGUAGAACUUACUAAUAUUAAAGAUUUUGAAGGGAGACUAAAACUCGAUAACGCUAUACAAAAAUUUAUGGACAUGAUUAUUGAUCCUAAAUGGGGAAUCAAAAAUACUUUCACAAACUUAUUAAUUACAUCGAUUAGUGUUUAUGAAAGGAAAGUUUUGGAUUGCGAUAAAUUCAAGAAAGUGUUGACUCAUAUCACUGAUCGAUUAGAAAAUCCAUCAAUGAAUCCUACAACCUCAUUCAGUUUUCUGGAACCCUCAACAGACUUCCCCGAUUACUGGGAACUAGUAAAAACCAUUGAAGAACUGAAAAAGCUAACGAAAAAGCUAUGA